CCCCCACCCCCGCUGCCCCCGUGAAGGGUUGGUGCCCAGACAGAGCCGCCCUCCCAGCCUUGAGGCGAGUCUGGCAGUGCAGGUCACGGUUCUCCGCGGAGCAGUGUCCCUGCGAGUGGUUUGCACCAGGCCAGCUGCAUCGGAGAGUAAGGACCCCGCACAGACAGAGGGGAAGCGACUUCCCAAGGCUACAUGGUGAAGGUGAAUAAUCAUCCACUCCACGGGGUCCGUCGUCGUAUCCUGCUGGAACGUGUGCAUUUCCUCAAGGCAGAGGGGGCCGUGACGCUACAGAUGACCUGAGUCUUUGGAGUGAACCCCCCAGAGGAGAUUUGCCCCUACCCUAAGUUCAUCCACAAGGGUAUGAAUUAUACAGAUAUACACCAGGGAGCUUUAGGUGACUGCUGGUUCCUGGCUGCAGCUGCAUCCCUCGCUCAGCACCCACAGCUGAUGCAGAGGGUGGUACCAGCAGGGCAAAGUUUUGACCUAGGGGAUUAUGCUGGCAUCUUCCAUUUUCAAUUCUGGCAGUAUGGGAAGUGGGUGGAUGUGGUGGUUGAUGACAAGCUACCUGUGAAGAACGGAGAACUGGCCUUCGUACAUUCAGAGGGACAUGAUGAGUUCUGGCCGGCUCUCCUGGAGAAGGCCUAUGCCAAGUUCAAUGGCUCCUAUGGGGCCAUUGAUGGUGGCUUCAGCAAUGAGGCCUUUGUGACCUUCACUGGAGGUAUCGGAGAGUGCAUUACCCUUGAGAAGUCAAUAGCAUCUCCAGACUUCUUCAAAAUUAUAAAAACAGCGGUGGACAGGGGGUCCUUGAUAGGGACAGGCACCACAAGUGAUGAGGGCGAGGCACAUGGACUGGUGAAAGAGCAUGCAUAUUCUGUAACAGGAAUUGACGAGGUGAAUUAUAAGGGUGAGAGGAAAGAAUUGUUGCGGCUGAGAAACCCGUGGGGCAAGUCUGAGUGGACAGGCAGAUGGAGUGAUGCGUCACCUCUGUGGUUAGAUCUGGACCCAGGACUCCAGAAAACUCUGCAGGUGAAAAAGGAUGAUGGAGAGUUCUGGAUGGAAAUAAAUGAUUUUGUGAAGUAUUUUGAUGACCUGCAAAUCUGCAGCCUGUCUCCGGAUUCACUGUUCAGUGACAAAACAGCAAGUUGGAAAGUUACUGCCUUCCAUGGACGCUGGAUCAGUGGUUAUAAUGCUGGAGGCUGUGACAAAAAGAGAGAAAAUAUGUUAAAAAACCCCCAGUUCCAUGUUAGGCUGCGGGAAGCAGAUGAAUAUGACCUGAAGGAGCAGCACCCAGACCCCAAAUGCACCUUGCUUGUCUCCCUGAUACAGAAGGACCGACGCAGAGGAGGGAAGACACACUUGCCUAUUGGUUUUCAGAUCUACAAGAUCCCCACAGAGUAUCUGGAGCUGAAGCACAUGUCCCAGAGGAGGAAGAUGCUUUUCUCUCUUCACUACGUAGACGGGUCUGAGUAUAUGGAAGAAGAGGUAAAUACAAAGCGAUUCGAACUCCCCCCUGGAGAUUACCUCAUCGUUCCCAGCACCGAUUCUCCGAAUGAAGAAUCUGAGUUCAUCCUUCGGGUUUUCACGGAGAAGACGCAUGCCUUCCAUGAAAUUGACGAUGAAAUCUGCGCAGAUCUGAAAACUCUUGGGAUGGGCACCAGUGUGGAAAUUGGGGAGGAAGUGGAGAACAUCUUUCUGCAGUUUGCAGGACAGGACCAGGAAAUCGGUGUUGUCGAGCUCAAAAAGAUACUGGCUGUGACCUUGGCAAGAGAAGCUGAUUCAAAACCAGAGAGAUUCCAGCUGGAGACCUGUCGGCAAAUGAUCCGUCUCUUUGAUUACAGCAAGAACGGCCGGUUGUCCCUGGAGGAGUUCAAGACGCUCUGGGAGAGGCUGAGGGAAUGGAAGGCCAUCUUUACCGAGCAUGACAGAGACAAGUCCGGGAACAUGGAUGCCUACGAAAUGCGCCUGGCCCUGGCCACUGCAGGGUUCCACUUGAACAAUCAGUUCUGCGAGAUCAUCACUAACCAAUACCGCAACCGUGGGCUGUUCAUUGACCUCAACAGCUUCCUGUCCUGCCUGGCGCACCUGACCUGGAUUUUCAGGCAGUGCAAGACCCGUGACCGAGACGGCACGGGGAUCGUCACCAUGGCCCAUAAGGAGUGGCUGGAACUCAUCACCGCCACUUAAUGGGAGGAAGCCGCAUCGUCCCCAGAGUGUAGCCUAAAGAACUAUCCUGCUUGCUUGCAUAUCUAUCUAUCUAUCUUUUCUUAUAGUUUAAGUAUUUAGUUUAUUGUAAUAGGUUUAUAGAUUUAUAUUAAAGUAAGUUUGGCUGUAAUGCAAGAGACCUACAGGCCAUAUCCUGUAUGUUAAGCUAAAGCAAAGUGAGCCUAUCUAUAUUAAGAACUUUUACUCAGAAAGCAAAGUUGACCUAUAGCUUGUUAUCUAAAUAGCUGAGUACCCACGCCUAUGUCCAUGACCUUUUAUUUAGACCAAUAGAAAUGGAGAAUGGCAUAGGGGGGGUUUCAGUGUGGUACCCACAGACUUAACAAGUACACCACAAGAGACUGAUGUGCGUACGUACCUGUCAUCAAUACGCACAUACAUACUAGCCUAUGGGGUACGUGUACCCUAACAUUUCUGUGGGUGAGGAAUGAAAUUUGGGCAUAAGAGGAAGGAUUUCCGGCAUUUGCCCUAUAAAAGAGGUAACCCACCUCAGUAGAGUACUCCAGUUCUUACUUUACUCCAUCUCUAUUCUCAUGUACUUCCUCCACUUUAAGUUUCAAAGGAACUAGGCUAAGGUCGGUUUCCCUAAGUUUUAUUCUUAGUUUGUUUAUUAGGUUUUGAUUUAAGUUUAAGUUAGUCAAGUAAACCCUAGUCAGCUUUGAUAGCGCUUAGCAUUUUCUAAGCACUGCCUCCCUCACUUGAGAAACCUGAACCGCAAGGCUGGUCCUGUGUCUCUUACCACCAGGUUAGCAAGGAAGGGUGUGAGUAUAUUAACCAAAGCUUUGUUGCAUAUCCUACUAUAUUAUCAGAUGUAUCUUUUGAAUAGCA